CGCGCGUGCUGACACUUGCGCACGCGCAUAACAUAAAGCCUCAUUUUACUAAGUUCUCGGUGCAUUGAGGAAUCAGGUGACCAACCGCAUGGUGAUUUUUGUGACUGAAAGUGUUGUGUUUUUAUGAUGAUGCUGAGGGCGCUAGUGGUGUUAGCGCUGGGGUGCGCGUCCACUGCGGCGCUGACUCCGCUGUCGGCCGCGGGGGACGACAACGACUGCGCGCUGUACCUCGCCGGGCCGGGCCGCACGUCCGCCUACGACUAUAGUCUCAACCUGCUGCGGGGGAACUUCGGCUACGAGGGGCAGCACACGUGCAUCACGUACGACGCCGUCAACCAGGCCUACCUCGACGCCAGGAAGAGGAUCCUGGUGUCGCAGCCGAAAGGUGACUGGAAACCGGAGGACUUCGCGAGCGUCGGCGAGCUGGUCCUUGACAUCUCCAUUAACUUGGCAAGAACCUACGGGCUAACCUACGAGGAGAUCGAGAAGGGGCUGCCUCUGAUCGACACGUCGCGCACACUCAUCCGCGAGGUGUGCCCGCCCAUAUUCUCUCACGUGGAGUGUCGCCCCGGCAAGUACCGGCGGCUGGACGGGCUCUGCAACAACCCGGAUCACCCGACGUGGGGCGCGAGCAUGGCGCCUUUCCAGAGACUGAUCGGCCCCCUAUUCGCGGACGGCAUCAACGCGCCCCGCAUCGCGCACUCGGGGCGCGAGCUGCCGCUGUCCCGCGUGGUGUCCCGGACCAUGCACCCCGACGACGGCUUCCACGACCACGCCGGCACCGUCAUGGUCAUCGCCUGGGGGCAGUUCAUGGACCACGAUUAUACGCUUACUGGCACGCCGCUUGACCCGCGCAACCGCAACGACCCCGAAGAAUGCUGCAAGCGGCCGCCGCACCUCAAGCACCCGUACUGCAACGAGAUCCGCGUGCCGGACGACGACUACUUCUACCGGCUGUUCAACGUCAAGUGCAUCGACUUCGUGCGCGGCUUCCCGUCGCCCCGCCCCGGCUGCAGACUGGGCUCCAGGGUGCCGUUCAACACACUGACCGGCGCUAUCGAUGGCAACACAGUUUACGGAGUAACUGAGAAGUUCGCAAGGAAGCUGCGCACGGGCUACGGCGGUCUGCUGCGCAUGAACCCCGUGUUCAAGGAGUACGGGCUCAAGGACCUGCUGCCGCUCAAGCUGGACAUCCCCGACGAAGGCUGCACGCGGCCCAACAAGAACAUGUACUGCUUUGAAGCUGGUGAGAUCCGAGUGAACGAGCAGCUAGUCCUCACCGUCAUGCACACGCUGAUGGCUCGCGAGCACAACCGCGUGGCGGAAGGCCUGGCCGCCGUCAACCCGCACUGGGACGACGAGACGCUGUUCCAGGAGGCACGGCGCAUCAACAUCGCCGAGAUACAGCAUAUCACGUACAAUGAGUUCCUGCCGAUAUUGUUGGGCAAGGAUGUCAUGGAGAAGUUCGGGCUUGUGUUGGAGAAGGAUGGCUACUGGGACGGAUACGAUCCCAACGUGAACCCCGAUGUCAUUGACGGAUUCGCGGCCGCCGCUUACCGUUUCGGACACUCGCUUCUGCCCACAGCUGUGGAGCGUUGGUCGAAGGCUCACAAAUUCAUUGCAUCUAAGAGGCUGUCAGACCUGAUUCGUCGACCAUACGACCUGUACAGAGCCGGCGUCCUGGACGAAUACGUGAUGGGUCUCAUGAACCAAGUUGCCCAGGCUAUGGACGACUCCAUCACACAGGAGGUCACCAACCACUUGUUCAAGAAGGUCGGCGCCCGCUUCGGAAUGGACCUCGUAUCCUUCAACAUGCAAAGAGGCCGAGAGUUUGGUCUCCCUGGCUACAUGGAGUUCAGGAAGUUCUGUGGUCUCUCCGGAGCGGAUUCCUUCCAGGACCUGUUCGGGUCUAUGCCUAACGAGACGGUGCGCAAGUACGAGUCGAUCUUCGAGCACCCUGUAGACGUGGACCUGUGGUCGGGAGGCGUGUCCGAGCGGCCUCUGCCGGGCUCCAUGCUGGGACCUACCUUCGCCUGCGUCAUCGCCACACAGUUCUCUUACUCGAGAAGAGGAGACAGAUUUUGGUUCGAGUUACCCAACCAGCCGUCGUCGUUCACCCCCGAACAGCUGGCAGAGCUGCGCAAGGCGCGCCUGGCCCGCGUCAUCUGUGACAACACGGACAUCAUCGACACCGUGCAGCUCUACCCGAUGGUGCUGCCGGACCAUGAGCUCAACCCUCGCGUACCGUGCCGCAGCGGCAUCAUCCCCUCGAUAGACUUCAGCAAGUGGGCCGAGCCGCCCCCGGCCUUCGCUACCAGCGCCAAGCAGUUCGUGAGUAACUUCGCCUACAACCCCUACACGGGCAAGAAGUAGAGAAGUACACCCACGAAGUAGAAGCACGAAGGGGGCCAAUGUCGGGGUCACUCUAGAUUACGGAAAACGAAGAUUUGAAACGGUACUGCGUAUAAGACGAAUCUUCCUCGUUGUGUUCAAAGUACCGAUUGUAUGAUAGCUCUCGUUCGUUCGUUUUUCGUCAAGAUAGAGUAACCCUCCCGGUGAUUAUUCUUAGUAGUCAUACAUGUAGAACUAAGUGUAUGGUUAGUAGGAAUAUGGGAUUGUAGAUUGUCUUCGUUUAUUUCUUAACAGCCGGAGUUGGCCCCCUAGAGACACAGCACCAGUGUAUUUAUUAAUUAGAGUAGUACCGAAUAGUCAUCUGUUUAAGUAGCUCACAGUUUUCGUAGCAUCAGUUUUAUACCUACACCUUUUAUAAUGCACACUUUGUACUUAGUUGGUAUUUUGUUUUUUCAUAUCACCUUUACCUAUGUCACUAUUUAUAAGUCCAUACAAUGAUAUUAUAUACGACCAUACCACUGUAAAAAUACAUUUAUCGAAGUUUUAUCUUCUAAGUACUUCAUCUUGUAGAAAUACCUACCAUAAAAUUCAUUUAUUAAUAAGUUAAAAAUAAGCCUAGAGUCUAUUUUAAGUUCUCAUCACUGCCAAGUAAUUUUAUGAGAUAAUUUAGUAUGGUUUUACGGUCUCUUUAUGAAAAUUGUACAAAUUACUAUGAGUUAAGUGGGAGGCCACACGCUUAAAUGCCAUAACAUUUUGUACUUAUAUGAAACACUUGCUUACGUACCUAUACUGUGAAAAACAGUACAUGCGUUUAGAUAAACUUGUUACCCAUGUUAAAUUAUUAUUUUUCCUGUGUAUUAUGCUUGUACAGAAAACCCCGUCUGGGACAAGUUUCGCUAAACGCAGUGUAGAUUUAGUAUUUUCUCAUUAAAUUGAACAUCCUUCAAUUAUUCCUAUAAGCAAAUGCCAUCCAUUAAAUUUCAUAAAGGUAAGCAGUCCCUUACUUGCCUACAGUGUAGCCCUAUAAAAACCUUGUUGUUGAUCCGUUAUUGUUAAUGCCAAUAUGCUUUUACAGUUUUUUACUAUAAUAUUUUGCUAGAUUGUAUUCCCUUCUUAAUUGAAAACCAUAAACCUUUUGUAUAAACCUACUUGUUAAUUUUAAUUUAUUUUUAGUCAUGCAAAUCGAUAGGUAUUUAGUCUCAUCUACAUUAGUUUUUCAGUAUAGUGCCCCUACAUUUUAUGGCGUAGGUCACUUUAUGACUAUUUGACAUUCAUAAUAGAAUAACGACGGGAUGGCGUUGUGUUUAACGCUGAAUAUUUUCCUGAACAUCGUCGUGGGUACUAUUAUCUACCUACUUUAAUUAAAUUCACUACUACAGCAAACUACCUACGUAUCAUUUAAUUUUACGGCAUCUAUUGUAUACCCUUGUAAAAAACCUGCAUUGUAAUGUAAAUACAAGUAAAAUUUAAUAAAUUUUAGAUUGUAGAAUA